UGAGUGUUUGAUGAGCCUAACCGGUCAGUCCAGCGAAAACGCUGUAAAGCAGAAGUUUCUUUUGGGAAAGAAGACGGUAGAAGCGACGAAAGAGCGAUGAAUUCACCGCGUUGUUCUCCAUCACUCUUUGUUGUUGUUGUGUUUAUCCCCGUCAUUUCUCUGCUAUCAGCAUCUUGUAUUCACGCUAUAGAGCAGCCAACGAGAAGCGAAGGAUUUGGUCGUAGAGUUCUGUUGAGUUUCAAGGAAACCCCUGGCGGAAGGAACGUCACUUUUGACUGCUCUCCUUCUGGUCCCUGCGUUCCCUGUCUUUACUCUGAAAAGGGUGAUGCAAAAUAUCGUUGCAGUGAGACUGGCUAUCGCAUCCCUUUUAAAUGCAUAGAAAUUGAAGAUGGUUCAAAGGAUGCAAAUGGCAAGAAAUCACGAAAUGGCCGAUCGACUUUAGAAACUUCUGACAGUAACUUUGAACGUCAUAGAAGUCUAGUUGAUGAUUCACCUACUAUAGAGGGUAAAUCACAGGCAUAUAUUACUUAUAGAAGCUGCAUUCCAGCAGUUAAUGAAGAGAAGUUGUCCGUUCUUGGUUUUGAGGGGAUUAUCUUUUGCUUGCUGCUCAUCAGUGGCUCAGUUGUGUACAUCAGAAGAAAGCGGACAGUUAACACCAUGGCAGGGGUUGGAGCAGGACGGAUUCAGACCAACUCUAGGUUUUAACCCUUGAAUUUUGACAUCUCCUGUUUGAAUCCAAUUUAUUGUUAUUAUUAUUAUUUUGUAAUUUAGCUAUUUCGUUUGAAGUUUGGGGGCCAAUAGUUGCCAUCUUCUCUGCAAACUCUAGUGAUGGCCAAUACAAGUUCCUUUGUAAGAAAUGGCAAAAGCACUCGCACUAUUUGGUAUUAGCUUGAAACAAUCAUGGAUCUUA